UUCUUUCUCACUAGAUUCUCUGCGUACAUCAAGUGGAAGACGGCAUUUGAAUAUUCUGUGCUCGAGAAAUUUGUAAAAAAUUAUUUUCAUCAUGAACAUGUUUGCUGCUGUUGCUGUACUAGUAUCGGCGAUUGGCACCGCGAUGCCAGCGCCACAAGGUCCCCCUCCAGGAAGGAAUUUUUCUCCGAGGUUCCUGCCCCUUACUCCUCAGGGUUACGUCCCCAUUGUCAGCUCAAACUUCGAUCUGAACCCCAUUGACAACUCCUACAAUUUCAACUACGUGAGCGGCGACGGCAGCGAGCGUCACGAGGUUGGUGUGCUCGAGAACCCUGGGACGCCGGUGGAAGGCGUCGCCGUACAAGGUUCCUACUCCUACGCCGCACCCGAUGGAACUCCUGUCACCCUCGAUUAUGUGGCCGACAAUUUCGGAUACCAGCCCGUCGGCCCUAACAUCCACCCCGCAAUCAUCAGGGCGGUGCAGCAACAGGUCGCAGAGGCUAGAGUGGGUGCAGGGGCGCCCCCCUUCCGCAACAACUUCUAGACGCAUAUUAAACUGAAGGUUUGGCAACUUGCUCCAGUAGGCACGGCACUCCAUACGGAAGAAUUUGAUGAAAUUUUGUCUUUUCAUUAUUCCCAGCUAUAAGACACUUGUUUACAGUGAUGGUUCCUAUAUUUGCACUGGGUUCGAACUGCGAUACAUGUACAAACUUCUAAUCUUUCACCCAUUUUACGACACGUAUUUUAUUCUAUGAUGCACUACAUCUAAAAAAAGUUGCCUAACGUUAAAAUCAAGGCUUUCGCUAAAGAAAACAUGUAGCACAUUACUUAAGGCACUAUAUGAAUACAAUUGUUGUAUUCCAGAAACUAGUGUAAAUUAUUAAUUAUACCACAUCCUUAGCGGGGUAGCUGAAAUGUGCUCGCGGACCGGAACCGGACUACGUCUCACAGUUUGAAGAACAAUAAUUUACUAUACAAGGAAUAAGUGUUUCUAGGUAUAGAAAAUUAACACGCCAUACUCUUUAUUAGCAUUUGAGACGAAGCUGGGCAUGGCACUUCGUGAUUUUAAAUUAUUCAAAAGCUCACAGACGCCUCAAUCGUAAUAUAUCGCGCCGUAACAAACUGUACUAAACUAUAUGGGAUUUUACGAAUUAGAAUAUCGUUUUUCGUUAAGAUAUUGCCCAUAUCUCCAUUACAAAUAAAACAUAUGCGACCAGGAAAAGAAGCCAAUGGAUCGACCACCUGCAAUUCUUCCUCAAACUAUUAUUAUUAUUACGAAAUAAUUUGUUUCGUGUAAGAGUCUAGGAGAUUCGUGAUGGUUUUAAUAUCGGUAAUUAAUUCGCAAAAAGAGUAAUUAUGAUACACAAGAGGAAAAACGUCUGUAACAUGAAUGCUGGAGGAUAUGAUAAAACAAAUAACAGUAGCUCGCCCAUGCUUUUAUUAAAUAUGUAAAUUGUAUUCGUUUCAAAUAUAAUAAUAUUUAUAAUAAUGUUUCUCUAAACUUGCAAUGGCUUCUUUUGUAACGAUAAACAUCCUCUUAAAAUGGUACGUAUUUAUCACCGAAACGAGUAGGGUAAAAUUAAUUUAACGUAGAGUAUAUUGAAAUAUAAUGUAAUUAUGUACUUUGAUGUUCUACUGCCUUCAUAAUUAAACGUAUAAAUUUAACAGACGGAUCAUAAUAGGCCAGAAACUAUGAUUUUUCUUAACACACAAUAGAAUUUUUCCACCUAAAUUCAGCCCUUCGCCAAAUAGUAAAGAUAUCAAAUACAAUAAAGUUAUUUUUGUUAAGAAUUUUUAACAAUAAAUUCCUUAUAAGUUUAUUUCAUAAUGUUUCUAUAUAAUAUAUUAUUGUAUAAAAAGCUAAAAUCCUGUAAAUAAGUUUAUAUUUUAUC